AUGACCUGAGCCAAAGGCAGAUUCUUAACUGACUGAGCCACCCAGGUGCCCCCAUCCACCUCCCCAGUAUUGUUGAGAUUCUUAUUCCUAAUUCUUUUUCAUUUUUUCUCUGGAAAUGUAGGAUUCUCUUUGCCAGUGUACUGAAAUUUUACAGUAUGUGCCUUAGCAUGGGGCUGUUUUCCACUGUUCUGGGUACUUGGUGGGUCCUUUCAAUCUGGAAAGUCAAGCUCUUCAAUUCUGGGAAAUUUUCUUGAUUUAUUUUUUAUUUGAGAGAGCGCGUGCAUGAGUGUGCAAUUGGAGGGCAGAAAGAAAAUCUUCAAGCUGACUCCUGGCUGAGCACAAAGCCCUGUGCUGGGCAGGGUCUCAGGGCCCAUGAGAUCACCACCUGCCCUGAAACCAAGAGUAGGAUGCUCAACCAAUUGAGCCAUCCAGGCGGCCCCUCUUGAAUUGUUUAAUAACUUCCUACCUUCAAUAUUCUCUUUUCUCCAGAUCUUUUUUAAAAAAAUGUUAGACUUCAUUGACCUUUCUCAUCUUUCCUUUUCCUUUUUUUUUUUUCCUUUGCUCUUUGGAAGAUUUCUUUAAUUUUACUUUCUAAUCCAUAGUAAUUUUCAUUCUGGUGUAAUUUUAAUUUGUAUAAGCUUAUUUUUUCUCUAUAUUUGAAUGUAUUGGAAUGUAUACAUUCGAAGAAAAACUAACACAUACCUAUCCUUGUUUCUUGGAUGCAAUGUCUUACCUCUAUGAAGAUGAUAGUGGUAAUUUUCAUUUGCCUACAUAGUCUAUCCCCUUCAAGUUGCUUUUUACCCUACUUUUUAAUUAAGCAUAAAUGUAUAUAUACAUAAUUAAUAACCAGAACAAAAUAUUGAGUAUGAAUGAAAAGAAAAUUACAGAGUAUGCGGAAUUACAACCAUUUCCCCAAAUAUUUAAAGGAUUUCCUCCUGUGCUGGAAGUAAAACUAUGUCAAUUUACAGUAGUCAGUGUUUUAAACCUAGGACAUAGUUUUGAGUGAAGUUUGCUGGCUGGAAUGAGGUAUGAAGUGACUUUACAUGGACUGGGGCAUGUGAUGCUGACAAAGCAAACUAAGGUUUACUCUGAAGUUCAAAUCUGUGCCUAUAAAGGUGCAAAUUUAGCAUUCUCUGGCAUUGGCAAUGGAAAUAAUAAAAAUAUAGUCAGUCAUAUUUGCAGCAGAAGUUUUACCGCUAUCAGUGUUUUUACCACUGUCAGUGACUGCUAAAGGACGUAGAUCUAAUUUAAGUGCAAAGGGAAGGAAAAUAACAUUGAGUUCCUAUUAUGUACCAGACAUUAAUCUGAAAUUGUAAAAGUAAAAUACAUUCCCCCAACAAUCUCUACUGUUUUAUUCAUCUGAAUUGUAUUACGUCUUAUUUGCCUUUGUAUCCCAGUGCCCCGUACGGUGUCUCAUAACCACCACUCCGAAGAUGUUGAAUGCAUACAAAGGAAGAGGGAACCUUGUCUUUCAUUUACUCUUCUAUGUAAAGGGAAGGAGCUAAGUCUGGGUUGCAUUUUAGAUAUUCCGAACGUUUAAUUCUAUUUCUAUAAUUAAGUUGGAGUAGUUAUCAAUUUAUCUUGCGGGUAGUAUAACAAUCCAGAACAGUAACGGCGUUUUAACUCUGGGAAACGGGUCCUCUGUGCGGGAGAGCAUGGGCUGUGUGAGGCCUAUCAGCGAGGUAGCAAGUCGAGGGCCAGCCAAUCAUCCGCAGAGGCUGUGGUCCCGCCCCCGGCGGUCAGCCUCUCACCAGUGGGGGCUGAGGCGGGGCGACACGCCCCGAUCUCGGCACCUGCGGCGUCGGUGGUAAAUUGUGCAGUGGUCACGUCCGCGGCGCCGAGUGGCGUCUGGGAACCAGCCAUGACUGCCAAAGAUUAUCCAUCAUUAUGGGGCUUUGGAACAACAAAAACAUUUAAAAUUCCUGUGGAACAUUUGGAUUUCAAGUAUAUUGAAAAAUGUUCAGAUAUUAAACACUUGGAAAAAAUUCUUUGUGUACUCAGGUCUGGUGAGGAAGGAUAUUAUCCUGAACUUACGGAAUUUUGUGAAAAGCGCCUUAAAGGCUUGGCUCCUGAAAGUAGAGCUUUGAGGAAAGAUAAACCUGCAGCAACAGCAUCCAGUUUUACAGCAGAAGAAUGGGAAAAAAUUGACGGCGACAUGAAGAGUUGGAUAUCGGAAAUUAAAAAAGAAGAAAAUAAAAUGCACUUUCAUGAAACUGACACACUUCCGGCACUGGAAGAUAAUUUGCCUCCAGUUCGUGGUUCACAUAGGCAUCUUCAUGUUAGUAAGGAAAAAUAUUCUAAUAGCAGACAACCUAAGAAGAAAAUUCCAAGGGAUUAUGCAGAAUGGGAUAAAUUUGACGUGGAAAAGGAAUGUUCAAAAAUUGAUGAAGAUUACAAAGAAAAAGCUGUAGUAAACAAGUCACAUUUGUCUAAAAUUGAGACAAGAAUAGACACAGCAGGUCUAACUGAGAAGGAAAAGACUUUUCUUGCUACGCAUGAAAAGGAAAAAGGAAAUGAAGCUUUCAACUCAGGAGACUAUGAAGAGGCUGUGAUGUAUUAUACUAGGAGUAUAUCAGUGCUCCCCACAGUGGCGGCCUAUAACAAUCGUGCUCAAGCAGAACUCAAACUACAGAACUGGAACAGUGCUUUUCAGGAUUGUGAAAAGGUCUUGGAGUUAGAACCUGGAAACUUAAAGGCCCUUCUGCGCCGUGCCACUACAUAUAAACAUCAAAACAAGCUCCGGGAAGCUCUAGAAGAUUUGAAUGAAGUACUGAAUGUUGAACCUGAUAAUGAGUUGGCCAGAAAGACCUUGUCCGAGGUUGAGAGAGAUCUGAAAAAUUCUGAAGCUGCAUCUAAGACUCAAGCCAAAGGAAAGAGGAUGGUUAUCCAGGAAGUAGAAAACUCGGAGGACGAAGGUGGAAAGGACAGCAGAAGAGCACAGGAAGACGGGAGUGGAGAUAAGAGUAAGACAUCUUUCCUCUUUUGGUUAUGCAAAAACCUCCCUUUUUAUAUGAUGAGCUGGCUCAAAUUUUCUAUUUCUACCAAAAUUCUUAGUCCACCAAACUUUUUCCAGCUCUACCAUGCGGGCUUGAAGAGCCAGGGCAACGAGCUGUUCAAAAGCGGCCAGUUCGCCGAGGCGGCCCUCAAGUACUCGGCGGCGAUCGCGCAGCUGGAGCCUGCAGGAAGUGGAAGUGCAGAUGAUCUAAGUAUCUUAUAUUCAAAUAGAGCAGCGUGUUACCUAAAAGAAGGAAACUGCAGCGGCUGCAUUCAAGAUUGUAACAGAGGUGCUUAUAUGAAUCCUUCCUCUUUUUCCCCCCCCCGCCUUGGGGGGUGUCCCAUAGAUGAAAAAAUGUUUAAAACCCUUAAAGAAGAAGGAAAUCAAUGUGUAAAGGACAAAAACUAUAAAGAUGCCCUUAGUAAAUACAGUGAAUGCUUAAAGAUUAACAACAAGGAAUGUGCCAUUUAUACAAACAGAGCGCUCUGUUACUUGAAGCUGCACCAGUUUGAAGAGGCAAAGCAGGACUGUGAUCGGGCACUGCAGAUCGAUGACGGGAGUGUGAAAGCGCACUAUAGACGAGCUCUGGCUCAUAAAGGACUCAAGGAUUAUCAGAAAAGUUUGAACGAUCUCAAUAAAGUUCUCCAACUAGAUUCAAGUAUUGUUGAGGCAAAGAUGGAACUGGAAGAGGUAACCAGAUUCCUUAACAUUAAGGACAAUACGACAUUAUUCAACAAAGAAAAGGAGAGAAGGAAAAUUGAGAUUCAAGAGGUGAGCGAAGGCCAGGAGGAAGAGCCUGGAAGGACCUCGGAGGAGCUCUCCACUGACUGCCCUGCCUCUGAGAACGGGGACACAACCAGCGGGCUACCAGAAUACGAUGAAAAACUACCUAUCACCAAGCCUAACAACGCCUAUGAGUUUGGUCAGGUUAUAAACGCUAUCAGUAUGCGGAACGAUAAACAAGCCUGUGCACACCUUUUAACCAUCACUGAACCGAAAGAUUUGCCAAUGUUGUUGAGUAACAAACUUGAAGGGGAUACAUUCCUUCUCCUCAUUCAGUCUCUGAAAAAUAAUCUUGGUAAAGAUCCCUCAUUGGUGUAUCAGCAUCUUUUAUAUCUAAGUAAAGUAGAAAGGUUCAUGAUGAUGUUGACACUAAUUAGCAAGGGCCAAAAGGAGCAAAUUGAACAGCUCUUUGAUGACCUCUCAGACACACCAAACAAACAUUUUACUUUAGAAGACGUACAGGCCCUAAAAAGGAAGUAUGAGCUUUAAGUAAGACUAUGGUUAGAUUUCUUCCAUGCAUGUAUGUUUUCCAGUAACGCUAGUGGGAUGGUAUUGUAAUAGAGUUGCAUGGAUAAAACCUGGUUUAGAAAAGAUCCUUUGGUCUGGACUAUAAAAUAUUUUACUUAUUUUUAUACAUAGAACAUGUAUAUUCUACAAUAUUCUUAUUAGUUGUAAAUAUUUUCUUACGUACCAAGAGCUAACAUCUUUAUAUUUAAUAAGUAUAUUUCGAACUUGUUUAAAGUACAUUUUAAUUUAUAUUAUACAUUUUCUUUUAAUUACUCACUUGUUAAAAAUUUGAGUUAAAUUACAUUUCUUUGGGCUCUGAAGGAUUCCUCUAAAGUUUGAUAGAAAUGUAUUUCUUUAAAAAUCAUUAACAAUGAUUAUUAUAUCACCUUUAUUUCCUGCUAUGAUAUAUAUAAAUCCCAUUUUAUACUACUUGUGGAUUACAGUCUGCUUGGGUGAAAUGCAACACUUAAGUCUUCUGAGAUGAUUAUUAAAUAAAUUGUGAUUAUUAAUUCAAGAGCUAUAAGAGGAACUUAUUUUUUCUUACAUGGAAACAUUAAAAACAAAAAUUGGCAAAAAUUUUUACUACUUUUUCUAGAUUUUAAAAAGCUCCUGUCCCGUAUAUAUUGCUUAUGUAAAUAAUAACGAAACCACCACUGUAUAAAAGCAAACUAAGCCUCCGUUUUGUCACCUCCACAUUUUCCCCAAUGUUUAAAUGUUCCUUUUCCUUUUCCUUUAAGCAUGACCAUAUUUAUUCCCUUAAUGGAAAGUGAGGAAAUCUAACCAUAUUGAAAGCUCCUUUGUUAAUUGGGUCAAAGUAAAAGUAUUUCUUACAAUAAAACAUUUAGGUCUGUAUCAA